AUGGAAGUCUUGCUAUUGGAGAUUGAAGAUCCAGAUUGCUUUUGGGUUACUAUGAAAGGAUGUGGGCCUUGCAUAGUCGAUGAAAUAGAAUAUAAAAACCUGAAUGCUGAAAUGAAUCAAUUCUAUGACAAAUCUUAUAAAGAUGUGGAUGAAGUAAAACCACUAACAGUAGAAGAAGGCCAGAUUUGUGUGGUAUUCAGUGAGGAACUCAAAUGUUGGUGUAGAGCGGUUAUAAAGUCAAUCAUGUACUGUACAGAUCAUUAUCAAACAGAAUGUUUUCUUGUGGAUUAUGCCAAAUACAUUUUUGUUAAAUCAAAGGACAUUCGAGUUGCACUGGAAGCAUUUAUGCGGAUCCCAUAUAGAGCAAAAAAGUGUAGACUGUUUCGCACAAAGCCGGUGACGUUGCGUAUCGACUUUUGUGAAGAUACGGCAAAAAUAGUACCAGCCAGAAGAUGGGAUAGUGCUGCUACUCGGUAUUUUCAAAACCUUCUCAAAGCAACUACCCAAAUGAAAGCCAAGUUAUGUGCUGUAGAAGGUAACACAUUUGAUGUUUUUCUUUAUGUGACAAUAAAAGAUGAAAAGGUAUGCGUUAAUGAUGAUCUUGUCUCAAAGAACUUUGCUCGUUUUGAGGAAGCUAAAGAGAAUACAGGGAGUUGUGCAGAUUAUCAGGAGAACCAAAUAUCAUUAAGCGCUGAGUCUCUUCCAAUGAAAAUUGUUAAUCCUGCGCAUGCUUUCAGGCCAGUGCUGUUUCAGGAGAAGAUACCAACAAAUGUUGAAACAGGUCUUGCAGUUUCCAGUUCCUUUCUUGAAGAGACAUACAAAAGAUCAAGCACAGAUCUAAAUGAAAGUACUGCAUCUAGUUUUCAAAAUCUUAGUGAAGAAAGAAACUUUGUCUGUCUUAGCAACAAAAUUGAGCCAUCCUCAAUUCUGGAAACAGCACCACUUUUUGAUGGUCUGAAAAAGGAACUUACUCGGAAAAAAUUUUUAGGCCCUAACUUCACAGAAUCUUACUGUUGGCCUCCAGUAGCUCGAGGAUGUGAUGUAGUUGCCAUAUCGUAUCAGGGAAAUGAUCCUUUCUUAUAUAUUCCACCAGUCCUUACAUUUUUGCAGUCAGGAAGUUGCUACAAAUCCUUGCCAAACAGGAAUGGACCGCUAGCACUUAUUUUAUGUCCUGGGUGGAAGAAGGCACAUCUUGUUUUUGACCUACUGAAAACAUACGAGAGAUGUUCCAGACAGCUUCAUCCAAUGCUGAUAAUACUGGGGCAGAACAAAGAAGAAGCUAGAAGUGUGAAAAUACGAGGAUGCGAAGUCAUCGUGACUACACCGUAUAGUCUCCUGAGACUGUUUGAACAUCACAGUUUAUUAUUUUGUAGACUUUGCCAUCUUGUUCUUGAUGAGAUUGAGGUACUGUUCUCUGAUGCUAUUGAACAGGUUUUUACUAUAUUAGAUUGUUACAAGAAAGCCAUUAUUACUGAAGAGUGGGAGUAUUCACCACAUCAGAUUAUUGCUGUUGGAACUCGUUGGAAUAAGCAUAUACCACGCCUGAUAAAGGAGUUCAUGAAUGAUCCUUACAUUGUGAUAACAGCUAUGGAAGAAGCUUCCAUCUAUGGAAAUGUGCAACAGGUCGUGCAGCCUUGCAUGAACAGUGAGAGAACUGCUGUGUUACUUAAAAUACUGGAUUUUACCCACAAUAAUCUUCAGAAGGUGCUGGUAUUCACUAAUUCAGUAAAUGAAGUAGAAAUGAUUCAUAAGGUACUGAAGAGCAAUUCAAUAUUUUCCUUGAAAAUACAUGAAAAGAGUGAGUGUAGUCUCAAGUAUAUCAUAGAGCAAUGGACAAAAAAGUAUAGUUCUGGCACUCAUGUUGUCUUAGUUUUAACAGAUGACUGCAUGCAGUCUUUGAGAAUUACAGAUGCAACUUGCGUGAUACACUUCAGUUUUCCUUCUCCAAGAAUCUUUGGUCAACGUCUACACAGCAUGUCUGACAACUUCUGUAAUGUGAUAAAGGAUUCUUCUGUAGAUCAGCAAUAUACAAAGGCAAGGUCAGUCAUUCUCCUAACAGAAAACAACAAUACAUGUCAUGCACUUGGGAUCCUGCACUAUUUGCAGCAUGCAGAAGCUGAAAUUCCACCAGAACUGCAUGAUUUUAUGGCCAAGAUGCUAGAAGCUGAGGAAGAUAAGAAAUUUUCAAGGCCACUGUGUGCCUAUCUUAAAACGUUUGGGACUUGCAAGAGUAGAACAGUGUGUCCAGAUCGUCAUCAAAUUAAUCUACAAAUAGAUGUGUGCCAGAAUAUACCAGAUAAAAUUAUACAAACGCCUGGAUGUGUGACAAUACUGCCUCUCCACAUUGUAAAUGCAACAAACUACUUUGGUCGAAUAGUAGAUAAACAAAAGGACCAGUAUACAAUUCUUGCUGAAGAAAUUAAUGAGUAUUUUAAGAAACCUAGCAAUAAAAUUUCUGUUAAAAACGUGGAGAAGCUGGCGUUUUAUGGAUUAUGUGAGAAAACACUUUUUCACAGGGUUCAGGUACUAGAGAUUUCCCCAAAAGAGGAGGAAAAUUUGUUCUUUAACGUCAAAAUUAAAUACAUAGAUGAAGGCAGAACAAGUCAAGUUCAGAGCUAUCAGCUGCUUCACUUACCUGCAGAGUUUCAGUGUCUGCCACCUCAGGCUGUGGAAUUUAUAGUUUGUAGAGUGAAACCCAUUGAUAAUGAAAUUGAAUGGAACCCAAAGGUAACUCAUUAUAUUCAUAACAAAAUUAAAGGAAAACUACAUGAAGCAAAAAUAGUACAUACCUUGGGAAAUACAGCUUGGGUUGACCCCAUGGUCCGGGUUACCAGGCUUUCAGAUUUGAAGAUGUCGGUCAACGAAUACAACAUUCGAUCUGAGAUUUUGUCUACGGGUCUGGGAACUGAUAAUCCAGAACAUAUAACACAACUUCAGAGGUUGUGCGGACACAUAAAAGUAUUAGAUGAUGUAAAGAACUUGGAGCCUUUAAGCAUGAAGGAGGAUACAGCUGGUCCAAAGAAUGUGUCUAAUCCACAGAACAUGUCAAUGCAUGAAAAUUCUACUGAAAACUGUAAUUCUUCUAAAAUUACUUUUGGGGAUCAUCAGUGUGAUGGUGUUGUAGCUCAAACUAAGGAAACAGAAGAGUCUACCCUGCAUCAGCAUAUAUGCUUUCAUCCAGAAAUAAAGUGGUUUCAAAAUGAAGAGACUGUUACCGUGAAGGUAAAAAUAGCAAGUGUAGCUGACUGUAAAUGUGAGUUCUCUAAAGAGAAGGUGGUUUUCAGUGCUUGUUCAGGAGACAAACUUUAUUUGGCUGACAUGGAGCUGCAUCAAUAUAUACUUGCAGAAAAGUCUACAUGUGUGAUUAAGGAUAAAGAGGCUAUUAUUGUUCUUGUGAAAGAGAAAAAAGGAGCAUGGUGCAAAUUACUGAAGAACAAGAAUCCUCAAGUCUCUCUUGAUUUUGAACACUGGGAAGAUUUUGAAGAUAAAAGCCCUUUUCCAGUUGGUACUAAAAAACUGUAUUGCCCUGCUGCAGUAACGGAAGAAUUGGUUGAGUCCUCAGAAGACAGUGAAACAGAAAGUGAUGAGUAAUUUGUAGACACAUCUUUUCCCUCUGAUAAGAAUUAUGCUUCA